GUUCUCUCUCUCUCUCUCUAGACUCUAGUUCACGGUCCGACUGCAAUAUUGUUUCUGUUCCCAGUUUCCCAAUCACCUCUAACUCUAACUCUAACUCUGACCAGACCACAACACAACACAACACCACCCUCUCUUUGUUUUGGCCUAUAAAUGGACCUUGCACUCCAACUGUGCUCUCUCAUCCUCUUCCUUCACACUUUCCCAACACCACCAGAGAUACCCACAUACAUUUGCAAUUGCAAUUUCAGAGGGGUAGAGAGAGAAAACGAUGAUGAUUCUGGGGUUGACUUUCUUUGUCUCUCUGUUAGGCUUUGUUCUUCUCCAUAUUUUGCGAGACAGGAGCAAGAGAAACCGCCAAAAGAAAGCUACUAGUAGUACUGCGUUUGAGAUCCGGGGCAACAGUAGAGAAUUCUGCCCGGACAAAUCUGACGUCAUCAUUGUCGGAGCUGGGGUUGCCGGUGCCGCACUCGCUCACACCCUCGGAAAGGACGGACGACAAGUUCAUGUGAUUGAGAGAGAUUUGACAGAGCCUGACAGAAUUGUUGGUGAACUGCUACAACCAGGUGGAUACUUGAAGCUCAUUGAAUUGGGCCUUGAAGAUUGUGUGGAGGAAAUUGAUGCCCAGCCAGUAUUUGGAUAUGCUCUUUUUAAAGAUGGCAGAAGUACUAAACUGUCAUAUCCCCUCGACAAAUUUCAUUCUGAUGUGGCUGGGAGAAGCUUCCACAACGGGCGCUUCAUACAGAGAAUGAGGGAAAAAGCUGCUACACUUCCCAACGUACGUCUUGAGCAAGGAACAGUGACAUCCCUGCUUGAAGAAAACGGAGCUGUUAAGGGGAUACGGUACAAAACUAAGACUGGUCAGGAGGUUAGAGCGUAUGCUCCCCUUACAAUUGUUUGCGAUGGCUGCUUUUCAAAUUUGCGACGCUCUCUUUGCAACCCUAAGGUGGAUGUGCCAUCUUGCUUUGUUGCUUUGAUCCUUGAGAACUGCCAACUUCCAUUUCCAAAACAUGGGCACGUUAUUUUAGCAGAUCCGUCACCCAUCUUAUUUUAUCAAAUCAGUACUUCUGAGAUUCGUUGUUUGGUUGAUGUACCUGGUCAAAAGCUACCUUCUAUUGGCAAUGGUGAAAUGGCCACCUAUUUGAAAACCACAGUGGCUCCCCAGAUACCACCUGAGGUGCAUGAUGCUUUUAUAGCUGCAAUUGAAAAAGGAAAUAUUAAAACAAUGCCGAAUAGAAGUAUGCCGGCUGCUCCCCUUCCUACCCCUGGAGCCCUUUUAAUGGGUGAUGCUUUCAACAUGCGUCAUCCUUUAACUGGUGGAGGAAUGACUGUCGCACUUUCUGAUAUUGUUGUAUUGCGAAAUCUUCUUAAGCCGCUACAUGACCUGAGUGAUGCAGAUUCUCUGUGCACAUAUCUUGAAUCAUUUUACACCUUGCGCAAGCCAGUGGCAUCCACAAUAAAUACUUUGGCAGGAGCCCUAUACAAAGUGUUCUGUGCAUCCUCUGAUCAAGCAAGUAAGGAAAUGCGCCAAGCAUGUUUUGACUAUCUGAGCCUUGGAGGUGUUUGUUCAACUGGACCUGUGGCUCUGCUCUCUGGUCUAAACCCUCGCCCGCUAAGCUUAGUUCUCCAUUUCUUUUUUGUGGCUUUAUAUGGUGUUGGUCGUCUGUUGCUACCUUUUCCUUCACCUAAACGCAUGUAUAUUGGAGCCAGAUUGAUUUUGGGUGCAUCGGGUAUCAUUUUUCCCAUCAUAGAGGCUGAAGGAGUUAGACAAGUGUUCUUCCCUGCAACCAUUCCAGCAUAUUAUAGAGCUCCUCCUCUAUAAUAAAUAUCAAGCUGACUUAUGCUUGAAGCUUUUAUCUUAACUACCUUCCACAUCUGAUAGCGACGGAGAUAUAUUUGUAUUCUUAUUUCUUCCAUUGUAGAGGAAUGCUGAGAAAUUUUUUGAAUUUUUCUGACAACUAGAAACUGAAAAUCAAAUUUAUCAAUGUGAAGUUCUCUUAGAAAUGUAAAAAGUAUUUCUUCCAACUUGACGUUCAUUGUGCUAUAUACAUUACUAAUGGGCAUGUUCUUAC